AUGCGUACCUACGACGACUCCUUCAGCGGUCAGAAGAUCUACCCCGGCAAGGGUAAGCUCUUCGUCCGUGGUGACUCCAAGAUCUUCCGUUUCCAGAACGGAAAGUCCGAGUCCCUUUUCCUUCAGCGCAAGAACCCCCGCCGCAUCGCAUGGACUGUUCUCUUCCGUCGCCAGCACCGCAAGGGUAUCUCUGAGGAGGUCGCCAAGAAGCGCACUCGCCGUGUCGUCAAGAACCAGCGUGCCAUCGUUGGUGCUUCCCUCGAUGUGAUCAAGGAGCGCCGCUCUCAGCGCCCCGAGGCCCGUGAGGCCGCCCGCAAGCAGGCCAUCAAGGAGGCCAAGGAGAAGAAGGCUGCUUCCUCCGCCGCCAAGAAGGCUGAGAAGGCCAAGACCGCUGCUACCAAGGGUGGUGCUCAGCGCAUCCAGAGCAAGCAGGGUGCCAAGGGCUCUGCCCCCAAGGUCGCCGCCAAGUCCCGCUAA